AACUGAAAGUACAACAGCCGGAUAUGAUGUGAAUAUUGUGUUCUUAAGAAAGAAACCAAUGAAAAAUAAAAAAUACAUAUAUAUAAAUCACGUGGAUUUAAUAUCCUUGGAAUUAGGCAACUUAGGUAAAAACAAUUAGAAAACUUGAAAAAACUCUGCCUAAAAUCAAAUUAUAUUAAUAUAUGAUUAAUAAAUAAUAAUUAUAAUCACACGAUUAUUAUACGAAUAUAGUUAAAUUUUAUAAAUUACAAGAAUAAUUCCCGAAUUUCAAAUUAUCUCAAUUAAAAUUAAAUUCUUAAGUGUUAAAAAUGGCACAAAAUAAAUUGAAUGAUUUUGCAAACCGUUUUGGUAAAGGACCUGCAGGAAUAAAUUUAGGUAUUAAAAUACUUGCAAUGACUGGAGCUGCAGCGUACGGUGUUUCACAGUCUAUGUACACAGUUGAUGGUGGUCAUCGUGCUAUUAUAUUUUCGCGACUUGGCGGUGUCCAAAAAGACAUAAUGACAGAAGGAUUACAUUUUCGUAUUCCAUGGUUCCAUUAUCCAAUCAUUUAUGAUAUUAGAAGCAGGCCAAGAAAAAUUUCUUCACCCACGGGUUCAAAAGAUUUACAAAUGGUAAACAUCUCUCUGCGAGUAUUGUCCCGUCCAGAUGCAAGCACUUUGCCAUCUAUGUAUCGCCAAUUAGGACUUGAUUACGAUGAAAAGGUUCUACCUAGCAUAUGCAAUGAAGUUCUUAAAUCAGUAGUUGCCAAAUUUAAUGCAUCUCAACUUAUCACACAGCGGCAACAAGUUUCUAUGAUGGUAAGAAAAGAGUUGACAGAACGAGCAAGAGAUUUUAAUAUAAUUUUAGAUGAUGUGUCCAUAACAGAAUUAAGCUUCGGAAAAGAAUAUACAGCAGCUGUUGAAGCUAAACAAGUAGCUCAACAAGAGGCUCAACGUGCUGCCUUUGUUGUAGAACGAGCUAAACAAGAAAGGCAACAAAAGAUAGUCCAAGCUGAAGGUGAAGCUGAAGCUGCAAGAAUGGGAAGCAGCUUUGUUAUAAUAAACGAGUAUGUCAGUGAACAAUAAUGCUCAAAUAAUCUUGGGAUUCUUCAGCCCAAAAAAUGUUAAGACCAUGAAGUUAGCCACACACGGCUAAAUGUUUACAGGACGAACACAAAGUAUAUAUUAACAGAUUAUUACCAAAUAAUUUCAAUGUAAACAUUACUUUUGAAAAAGUACAAUCACAAAAUAAUAUUUAUGAUUGUGAAAUCUUAGUUAUAGCUUUUGCUGUUUCUAUUGUUUACAAUUUAUCUCUUUCCAAUUUACAAUGUGACAUUUCUUAAAUGCGUUUAUAUUUAUUGAAAAUAUUUGAAACACGUAGUAUUAUGAUGUUUUCAAUUUGACAACAUUUUUCUUGCGUAAAUAACUAUGAUUUAACAGUUAUACCAAUAUGAAGAAACAUCGGUCAUAGGUUUACUUAUGUUGAUGAAAAAUUAAAUUUUAAUUCCAAUGAAGUGAUAAAAUUAAAAUGAUAAAAAAAAUAUUAAAAGACAUUUAAUUAUUGAGCAACAAAAAAAUAAUGGAUUAAUACAGUGGACAUAGAAAAACUCAUAUUCGUUCUAUUAUUCCAAUGAAAAUCGAUGAUCGAAUAACAGUUCCUAAUGUAUACAUCAGUCUGAUAUAACUAUAUUGUUGAAUGAUGAUUGCAAAACAGAAGAGAAAAAAUUAAAGAGAACACUAAGAAGUACAGAGAAAUCGCAAAAAAUGAAUAGCAAUGACUUAAAAAUGACACAAGAAAAAGAAGCACUGCGUGAAAGAGAAGCUUACAUAAAGAGUUAAAAUAUUAAUGAUUGUAAUGCAGAAAAGAAAAAAUUAUAGAGAAAACAACACAGAUCAGAGAAAGUGCAAAAAAUAAAUAGCAAUGAAUUAAAAAUGGAACAAGAAAAAGAAGCACUGCGUAAAAGGCAAGUUUAUUGGAAUGACAAAAAUGAUCAAUGUAGUAUGAUAAAAAAGAAAAAAUUCAAAAGAAAAAUGUUAAAGACAAAAGAAAACAUAACAUAUAUUGUUUUCUCACCACCACCGCGAGAGUGAGGUGUUCAACACGAGUCGGAGUCGAGGGCGCCUUCGGCCUAUUUGAUUUGCUCAACUAUUUUCUUUUUAUGGCCAUUUUGCGAUUUUUUAAAAACACUCUUUUGCGUUUUUGUUUUUAAUCAUCCCAUCGUUACAAACAAUUCAGCUAUAAUACAUUUGGAAGAAAAUAAAAUUACCUACUUUUCCUCGUUUGGUCAACGUGAUCGACCGCUCUGUUCGGCACAUAAAAUGAAAAAGGUGAUUUUUUUUAAGUGAAUAUUGCUGAAACUAAACAUCAUAACCUCACGAAAAAAAUCAUGUUGAUGGGUCACGUGUCAAACUAUACCCCAUUAAAAUGUCAAAUGAUCUGACCACAUAUUUUUUCAGUAAUAAAUCGAAAACUGAAAAAAA